AGGUCCUGCAUCCCUGAAACAAUGCUGCCUGCAGUAUCCUGGCAGUGGUGGAUGUAGCAGUGUUAAUGCCAUGGAGAUGCUUGUAUUUCUAGGAAUGAAGAGCUAGGAACAGAAGCCCUGGGCCAGCCACAGAACUGAAGGGGAGGCCACAAAAAGCAGUCAUACAGGGUGCAGUAGUUGAGUGUAAGGUGAGGUGAAACCAUGCAGCACCUUUCAAGACUCUUUAACAGGACAAGCUGGCUCCUGGGCAGGUGUAACCAAGAUGGAACACGUUUACAGCUUAGAAGUACCUCUGACCAUCCAGAAGGAAAACAGCCUAAAUUUGGACUCCUCUUCGAUAUUGAUGGUGUACUGCUUCGAGGUCGAACUCCUCUGCCUGCAGCCAAAGAAGCCUUCCGCAAGUUGGUGAACCCUCAAGGACAACCAAGAGUACCUUUUGUCUUUGUUACAAAUGCUGCGAACUGCUUGCAACGAGUCAAGGCUGAGCAACUAUCUUGUGCUUUGGAAGUCCCUAUUGGCAAGGAACAGGUCAUUAUGGCUCAUACACCUCUUUUCACAUUUCAUGACUACCAUGAGAAGCAUGUUUUGAUUUCUGGCCAGGGGCCUGUACUGGAAAUAGCACAGAAUCGGGGAUUCAGACGUAGCAUCACCAUUGAAAUGCUUAGGGAGGCAUUUCCUCUGCUUGAUUCAGUUGAUCGCAGCAGAAGGGCAACCACCCAGCCAGCCUUCAAUCAUGACAUCCCACAGAUAGAAGCCGUGAUCCUGUUUGGUGAACCAGUCAGAUGGGAAACAAACCUACAAUUGAUUAUUGAUGUCCUCUUGACCAAUGGGACCCUGGACUGCACUUUUCGUACUGCACCAUAUCCACACAUCCCUGUGUUAGCCUGCAACAUGGAUCUUUUGUGGCUGGCCGAAGCAGAAACUCCAAGGUUCGGUCAUGGAACUUUCAUGGUGUGUUUGGAGACACUGUAUGAGAAGAUCAGUGGACAUCACCUGAAGUAUGAAGCUUUGCUGGGGAAGCCAAGUCCAAUCACUUACGAAUGUGCUGAGGAUGCGGUUUGGAAACAAGCACAGGAGCAAAACUGGUCUCAUCCCAUUACAACGCUUUAUGCAAUUGGGGAUAAUCCUAUGACUGACAUUUACGGUGCUAACUUGUACAAUCGCAUACUAGAAAAGAAAUAUCAGAAAGGAGCAAAGGCCCGUAUCCAUGCCAAAAUUGCCACUUCUCAAGGUGUUUCUACAGAGGUGACUCAAGAAGAAGACCAUGAGAACAGGGAAGCCAGCCCUGUAUUUCAGUGCGGUGCCACUAGCUGUAAAUCCAUUUUAGUUUGUACAGGUGUCUAUAGUCCUCAUGAGCAGGAUGCUGCUGCCGCUGGGCAAUUGGCUGAUGGAUUCCAUGGGCACCGAGAUUUUGCCAUGGAUCCAGCACUGGUAGAACCAACACACAUUGUACCAGAUGUGAAUGGUGCUGUGGAUCUGAUCUUUGAGCUAGAGAACUUCUCUGCAAAAUGAAAAUGCUGCAUUACUAUAAUACAGUAAAAAGUACAUAUAAAACCCCAAAAUAAACAUUCAUACAAAAACAACUGUUGCAGCAUUUUGUAGGUAGUUUAUUACUGACCCUAAUUCCUGAAAUGUGUAUUCCAAUUCCUGUCUGUUUUAAUAAACCUUAUUUCCAAGGAUCAAAGAAUGGAAUAUCUAUUGUUUACUUCACUGUAACUUUAAAAUGAAUUUGGUCACUAAAAUGAAGACUGGUGUGCUUCAGAAUGCAUGGAAUAAAAUGGAACAAUCUUUCUACCUUUUUCACAAGCAGUCUGCUGUCUAACAAAUACCCAGUGUCUCAGCACACAGAAUUUAACAUAUGACUCAUAGAAAAUGAACAGACAGAUGCAAAACUUGGUUAUAGAAAGUGAUCUUCUCAUGAGAAGAGAAUUGUGUCUUAUUAAAAUCAUUGUUGUCAGGGACCACAGUAAGGCACAUAUGACUCCUAUGGGUUUCACAAUGUAUAUACGUGACCAUACAUGUCUGCAUUAAACUGAUCCAUACUAACAUAAGGAGAAAUAAGUUGUAUAUGUGAAGGUAAUCCCACAUAUGUUUCAGAGACUACAAUGGGAACAGAGAAUUCUCUGUUCAGCACUGUCCUAAUUAUAAAGAAGAAAGCAGUAUGAAUAUUGUAUUUAUUUUCAGGAGCAGUGUAAAUAUAUUCAACUUAAUGGAUAUAAAAGAGUCAUUUUAAAAGAGGAAAAAAAGAGCAACUUAGUGAUUCAGCAGAGGAAAAGACAUUGGAUGACUGGUGGUGCUGAUACUGUUGCCAGGCUGGAUACCUUGGCUGGGAAUUAACAGUGGAAAUUCUGCCAUUUGUAGUCCUCGCUUACUGUACUUGUAGCAUCAGAGAUCCAUGUUUCUUCCUGGUAAAGAAUAUUGCUCAUGACACUGAGAUCCUGCAACAACACACUUUGGGAGAUUUAAACUCUGCGGCAAAGAUAACAUUUCAUUCAUGGAUUAAUCAAUAUACACCAUGUCUCAGCACAGAGCUCAUGUUCAUAUCUUAUAUAAACAACUGAGGGACGUCUUUCCACUAGUGAAAAUUCUAGUGCACAUUACAGAAUAGUGCCCUUUCUGUCUAGGAAACUGAAUGUGCUGUCAGAUAAAAUUGGAAUAGUCAUCAUUAUCAUAGACAAUAACUAAGAGAUGUGAAGAACACUUAAGAGCAAUGGAAAUAUAUAACUCUGUCUGAAUAGUGGAACAUAUAGGGAUAUGGAUCACACUAUAUGCUGUAGAAUGACUGAAAUAUAUGAAUCACAUCUUUGUUUAGAUGUAUGAUACACAAAUCACAAAACUGAACAAGUCUUGAUUAUUGCAAUCUUUGUUCUUUUACUAUUUUUUUUUUGUGCAAGCCAGAACCAUCCACUCCUCCCCCUAACCAUUCUAAACCAUGAAGUGCAUGUUCAUUAGAGUAAAUAAAUGAACCACAUUACAGACGUGGUCACUGCCUGUAUUAGUAUACCUUAGUAUUAGCCACCGCAGUACAGUGCUGAUUGAUCCCACACUGCAACGGAACAGUGCAGCAGUGCAAUUUACAUAGUAUGUGUCUGAAAAGCAAAGCAGUGCGAAUUAUACUGUGUGUCAGAGAAGAGUUGUGAAUCCGGAUUCAAAUCCCUAUGUAGACUGGGAGAGAAACAAUAACUGAAUCACACUACACAUUGUUGAGCGGGUACGAGGUAUGAAGUGCAAAGUUAGAUGAGACAAAAUAAAAUUUCAUUACAUACUGUGGAAAAGGACAUAAAAGCAUGCAUUUAUUCUGAAAUUCUUGCAGUUUGUGAAUGACGUUUCAAAGAAAUACACAGUGCAAUACUGCAUCAAUCAAAACUCCAAGAUAGGAAAGUUUCUGCCGGAUUGUAUUUACAAAAAGCUUGCAAGGACCCACAGUCAGCAAUACUUGGCAUGAGGGAAGUGAAAUAACCUGCAAUAACCAUUCUUAACUAUUAUUAUUUUCUUCAGAUUGUGGAAGUUUUGCAGAAGCUUCAAGGUCAUAGAAGAUGGACUACUGACCUUUUGCUCCAGUUGAUGCUGUUUUGCGUUUUAUGGUUCAGUGUAACUGGAUUCACUCCAUUGAUGUUCAUGAAAACAUUAUCUAUCCUUGUGAAUUUGUGCACAUUUUGGAAUAUUAGAAGGUGGAAAAAAACUGUGUGUGCUAUGAAAUAUUUCUGAGGACUGAGGCAUAUAAUAUAAUGCAACUUCUGAGAAGUAUGGCACCAUCUAUCCAUUUUUCACUAAUGCACUUUAUCCUUAACAAGGUUGCUGGGAUACUGGAGCCUGUCCUGGCAACCAUAGGUGCAAACUUUGAAGUUCAUUUUGGACAGGGUGCUAGUCUCAAAGAAUGCACAUGUAUGCACACGCUUGUGCAGCCACGCCCACAGCACAACAACUAAGAGGUGUGAAUGUAAAUUGGUGAGCAGCUGCAAGUUGUUAGUGGCAUUCAUCACAGAAAAUUUAAAAGGUGCAACUCAUGAUGUAUAAUGCAUAGCGGUUUAGAAUAAUGUUAGAGGCCUAUUUUUCUACUUUGACAGGGUGAGUGAGUCACGAUGUAUAAGGCAAAGCAGUUUAUAAGACUGUUUGGAGGCCUGUUUCCCACUUUGAUGAGUUUUAGUCCCAAGAAUAUAUUUGAAAUCAUAUAUAGAAAAACAGUAUCUUUCAAUUUAUCUAGAAAUACUUCCGUCAGACAUGAAUCAUGGAAUGUUCUACAUUUUACAUUGGGAUUAAUUUUUAUCAGGUACCAGUUAUGAAGGAAGAAGUCUAACAUUCCUUGCUAAGAUCACCUUCUUCUCUCUGCUAGGUCUGCUGACUCAUAUUAUAUUCUGAGCAUCUUGUGACUCACAGUAAGUUCUCAAAGCGUCUGCUGACUCACAUUAUGUUCUGAAUGCCUGCUGAUUUAAAUUAUGUUCUCAAGGAGUCUUCUGACUCACUUAAUAUUCUCAGAGUCUGCCGAUUCAUAUUUUGUUCUGAUAAUCUGCUGACUCGCAUUAUGUUAUCAGGGUCUUUCAUUUGCUUCCUGGUAACAAGGCAUCGAUCCGACUGGUAAAUACCAUUCAAAAAAUAUUUUGCUUAUAUUUUUGAUGUCCAGAUUGUCCAUAUGUUUACAUAUGUAAACGUUUUGUUUUAGUAGUUGUUCUUUUCAUUUUUUACAUUUACAAGGUGUUGGGACAAUUCCAUAAAGCAACUUUUGCAGCUUCUUAUAACAAAUCCAAGGUAUUAAAUGUUAACAUCUGUGAAAGUUCUGCAGGGAAAAGCAAGCAAUGCAUAAAAUAGUAACCAGGAUACUGACGGACUUCUAGCAAAGCAGUAUUUCAGUGACAUUCACAUACUUCAAAAUUAUAAGUAAAACUGGAAAUUUUCAGAUGAGUUUAACAUUAACGUUGCAGUUUCCUUGUAGCUAUAAUGAUUCUAUAAGUGUGCUAGAUAUAUUUUCACAUAGCUAAUUGGCAUAUACUGUAACAGAAGCACAGAGGAAGAGUAGAGUUUGUUCUUCUGAUGUGUAUAUCUGCAAAGCAGUAAAACUGCUCAAACAUGAUCAUAGCUAGAAAGCGGACAUUUUACAGUAUUUUAUGUAGAAAUAAAACAUGACAGUAACUUUUC